AUGAGUCCUAGGAAGCGCAAGAAUCCCAAUAUUUUUGUCAUCGACGGUCCCUCUCCUCCUCAGAAGCGCAAUGUUAGACGAUCCGGGCAGCGGCCCGACGUCCCCAUUGGCACAUUCCUGGACCUGGAGCUAGAACGUCCGGCCCCUCCCUUAAUCGAUGCCAAGACCCAGAAGGAGCCGGUAAAGGCGGGUGAAACUGAGGCGUAUUCAGAUUUUAUAUCCAAGUUUGAAGUCAAACGAUCGAUUAUCAUUGAAGAAGUGGUUCGGGACUGUUUUCAAGCGCUCCCUCUAUGCGGCACAUGUCAAGUUACUGCCCAUGUGCACAAUCCAUUUCAUUGGACAGAGGUAUGGGAAAGAAAGUUUUAUAGGCGCAAGUCACUACGCGACUUGGGCCUCGUCAUUUGUCUAGGACACAACGGCGCGGCGUGUCCUGCAUCAACCCCCCCAGCCCUCACACCAUUCGUGGUGAUCUAUGCAAAUGGCAUUCACAACGUUUUGAUGUCCUUCUGCCAAUGCUACGGAUGUCCCAAUCGCUACGUUCAGCUGCUUCGCGCCAAACUAUUCCCUGCGACGUUCGACAACCCGAAGACGGCCUUCAGCUUUGCGGUAAUGAAAGAUUUCCAUAUGCAUACGCUUUGCUCGAAGAAGUCAGCGUAUGACUAUUAUGCAAAGCUCGUAAGACAAACCAGCGACAUCGUCCCGGCCUCCACCAACGAUCGCUAUCGAGAGCUUCUCCGCGCAAGCCGAAUUUGGAUGGACCUGGAAGCGUCCCGGCGCUGUGGGGAGGCCCAUGGUAUCACGAACAAUCUUCCUCCGUUCGCAGCUACCCGGGUUCGCAGUCCGCUUUGUCCAGCAUGCCCCCAGCUCGGUAUUAAUAUCACCGAGGAAGAAUUGGCAAAGGCUGACCCAGCCAAACCCCAUCUGGUCGCUCUGUAUCUUGGUGGAGAUGGGAACUUCACCCUUUCAGCGAAGAAGAAAAAUGUUGACGCAAAUGAUGUGGGCCUGCUACGCGGUCGAGGAUUUUUCCCAGACCAGACCCAUUUCACCAACUAUAUCCGAACCCACGAAGACAUGAAAUUGUGUCAUCAUCGCUUCUCUCUCUCGUUCAAACUGGGAGCCGCUGGGGUGGAUGGGGAGGGAGUUGAGAGGACUUGGGCGGAGCAUAACCAACUUGGGGGCAGUACCAAGGAGAUGAAUCCGGGCCAUCGUCUGGACUGCCUGGAAGCUCACUUUACCGACUGGAAUUGGAAGAAACAACGAGAUAUGAUACCGUUUCUAUGUCGAAGAAUGAUCUCCGCGAGGAAACAUUUGCAACACUGCCAGGAGUACUUCGACAAUCUUAGCGUUGCGUUUGGUCCUCGGGUUGAUCGAUGGAAGGUGCAACCAGAAUACUUGGAGAGAACAGAUGGGUCAUUCUGCAGUGUUUACCGAUUUCCAGAUGAAGCAGUACCCUCCCAAAGACACGCGGCUGACCGGUUGCGUGAUGAAGAAGAAACCGCAUUGGAGUCUAUUGCCGCCGCGAUAGGAAGGGCAGAGAGGGGAGACUCUGUCUCCUUCAUCCAGCUUGGCAUUGCAUUGGAGGAGUGUCUGCAGUUCAACAGGCACUGGAUGAACUGA